AUGGCCGAACUUCCAUCGCAACGCGUCACCGCUUCGCGACCAUUCUCCAUCGUGGGGAUCGACUUUUGGGGUCCGAUCUAUCUCAAGCCACGCCAUCGCCGAGAUGCACCACCGAAGGCAUAUGUGUCCGUAUUCGUGUGCUUUAGCACAAAAGCCGUCCACUUAGAGCUGGUAGUGGACCUCAGCACGGCCAAGUUUCUCCAAGCUUUUCGUCGCUUCGUUUCUCGACGUGGUCUGUGCUCAGAAGUUUACUCCGACAACGGCAAGAAUUUCGUCGGUGCGGCCAAUGAACUGCGGAAAUUGUUGCGCGCCGAAGAGUUCCGGCAUGCCAUCGCCAGUGAAUGCGCAAGCUCUGGAAUUCGAUGGCACUUCAAUCCUCCUCGUGGCUCCCAUUUCGGAGGACUCUGGGAAGCAGCAAUCAAGUCGGCGCAAAAACAUUUUGUUAGAGUCUUGGGAGACCGGAAACUAGCUUUCGACGACAUGGAGACGCUUUUGGUACAAAUUGAAGGGUGUCUGAAUUCUCGUCCGUUAACAAAACUAUCUGAUGACUCGUCGGAUCUCCAUGCAUUAACUCCAGGCCACUUCCUCGUCGGAACUUCGCUACAGUCGGUCCCAGACGUCGACUACGAAUCAGCUCCAAUGAACCGCCUCCACCAAUGGCAGCAGAUCCAGAAGAUGCUCCAGGACGUCUGGAAACGUUGGCACGUGGAAUACCUGCAAAUGCUGCAACCCCGCAGUAAAUGGAUUAAACCACCCGUGGAACUGAAAGAGAACCAAGUAGUGGUUAUCGUGGACGAAAAUCAACCGCCAAUGCGUUGGCCUUUAGCGCGAAUCCAUGAGAUCCAUCCCGGAAGAGACGGUGUCGUCCGCGUCGUUACACUCCAAACCGGCUCCGGCCGGCUUACCCGUCCCGUAGCCAAGAUUUGUGUACUGCCAGUUCUAGCGCCUAAUGAUGAUGAAUCUUCCUCUACCAACAAAACGUCUUCACAAUCUACUCAACCAACUGUCCUGGACACUUUGUCUUCAGCAAGCCAAUCUACGUAG